UAUCAGUAGAAGUAGCGCUCGCGGGAAACGAAGUUACAGCCUCCCGUGUUCUCCCGCGCGCUUUAAAUUUAGGUUAAAUAUAGUUGAUUUGUUGCAACUUUGUAGGCAGUUUAGAUGCGGGAUAGUGUUGUCAGUAAACGUUUUCGCCCGCGACGCAUUACGUUAUAAUAAACAGCAACACAUCCACGCACUUAUAACUAAGGAUCUGCAGAAUCAAGUUAGCCGGGUAAGGCUAACUAGCAGCAGAGGUAAAGAGGGGGGACUUUGACUGUGUGUGAACCACACUGGGACUGGGAAGCGUCCAAAGUGAGUCCUGAGCAAAGUCGAUCACAAGUCGAUCAUCGGCAGAUCACCAGAUCACCAAGCUGCAGAAGUGUGAGGACCUGUGAGAGAGCUGCAGCACCAUGGCAGCUGUGUGCCAUCCGCGUCGUGCCCUGGUGGAGAUCCCGGCACCCCAGCCAAAGAUCGCCGCGAAGUUGAGACGGUCGUACUUUGAGAUCCUCAGUAGUCGUUUGGCGUCUUCACCUGCAGUCCCGAGGGGCCCAAGAACCUCCAACACCCCCAGGAGACCACACAAUUUCGACUCGUCGUCGGGCAGCCCAUGGAGAGGUGAGACGGACGAGCCAUGUGAGCCAAUCGACGAGCAGCAGCGCACGGCGCUGUCCAAUCAGCAGCUGGCUCAGCUUAUCCGCUCCCUGGGCCUGGUAGAACAGAGCCAGGAGCCCCGCCUCCUGACCUUUGACCUCAAGUAUCUCCAGGACAGCCUCCAGCUGCAGAAGGCCAACGUGUUCCGCUCUAUCCCCUACUCGCGCUUCGGCUCCAACCGCGACGCCCACUGCUACCGCAAGGCCCACCCCCACCUGCUCGCCUUCAAGGUGUCGUGUCAUGAGUGGGGCCAGGUGCUGCUGCGUGGCGCCCAGUGGGCCUCGGCGCUGGAGUACGCCCUGAUGGCGUGGCGCUACGCGGGUGAGCUGCCGCGCUGGGACACGCCCGGACACAACGCACUCAGGGACCAGUGCUUCGCCUCGCUGGCCGCCGUCUGCCUCGCCGCCCUGCGUCACCACGGCGACGUCGCCAAGGGCCCCGCCCAGGGACAUCAGCUGCUGCGGAGGCUAAGAAUGGCGGCGCACCAUAGUCAGGCCAUCAUGCCCUGCAUACAGGAACUGGAGAGGAUUCUAGAACCCAGUGGGGACCCUGCCAUGGAAAGGCAGUGAAGAACUACAAAUCCCAGAGGAACACUAGGGACCAACUGGAUUGGUUUACUGUAACCAACUGAAAAGAGGGAAUGGAUUGGUGCUUUCUCUUGUGUUAUUGUGUUUUUUUUGGGAGGUUGAAAAAAAGCCACUACAGUAUUCAGAUUUUAAAUUUGUGUGUCGCAACGGUACAAUUCGGGUCGGAUUCAGUGUUGGUAAUUUUUUUAUAAAUAAGCAUCGCUCAGCAUUGAUUUUUUGAGUACAAAGUCAUUUUUGCAGAAGAAUAAUGGUAAUCCAUAUUUUCGUGUGUGUGUGUGUGUGUGUGUGUGGGGGGGGGGGGGGGGGUUUCUGCGUUCUGAUUACCUUGACGAUAUCCACAUAACUUGAAACUACACUCCGGUCUGUCGGUUUAUGUAUAUAUACUUUUCGUCAUGAUUUUAUAGUCUGACGUAACUGUUUGCACUGUAAGCCUUUUCACCUAAAAAAACUUGAAAUAUCUUUUCUAUGAAUAAACUUAUUUAAAUUAAUAUU